CGGGAUAAGCCUGGCGCGCUACAUAUUUCGCGCCAGUGAUUUUGUUUCAGUUAUUCUGAAGACUUCAGCUUCGAGGGCCAGCUCCAGGACGAAAUCUUAGCAACACUAAACGGUGAGUUUUACAGCAUGUUCUGGAUGCAAAACAGAAAUUUAUAAGACUAACGAUCCAAGUAAUCGGCGUUAUGCUUUGGUGCGGCGACAAUAUUUAUGGCUUAGUUUGAAGCUCACAACUUUCAACUGAGCACAGCAGCCGUACAUGUGCCAGAUAAAAGACAGGCUUCGUAUACGAGGGAAAUAAAAAGCAAUAUUUCAUAAUUUAAGCGGCUUCAAUUUUCAGUGCAAGUAAUUUUUAGCAAGUCAAGUAUGUUCUGAAUAAACGAUUUUACAACAAUGUUGUUUCAACAAAAUACUUAUGGACAGAUGAUUGGCAAAACUGCGCUUAGUUCCAUACCAUUUCACUCAGUGAGAGAAAAAGAAUUGAAAGAAAAUAGAAAGGAUGCGGACGAAGGGGAUAGAAAUUUCAUCGGCAUCGCUGAUACCAAAAAUGUCGCAAGUAAAAAGAUUUAAACUCUGAUGUAGUGUUAGCUUGAAUUGUUGAUACCCUGAAAUUCGUAAACAUGAAGGAGUCGCCAACCACCAGACUGUAACGAACUUGUUAUCAUAAUCAAACGUAACGAGAACGGUAACUAGCUUGCGAUUAUUCACACUCUAGGAUGGCAGACGCGAUUAAUAAUCCAAGCUAAUUAGAACUGUUGAAAAGGCGCGCGUUUAAGUUGAAUCAAUUUCUCGAGCAUUCUGCAUAUAUCCCAUGCCACAUAAUGAUGCCAUUCUGCAAGUCAUGCCAAUUGCCAUUUCACAAACUCAUUUCGUCUUAUACCCUCCCUAGUUGUACCUAGAGGUUAACAAGCCCUAAAGCCUUCAAAUUGAUUAAACAGAGCCAUAUAUAAUAUUGUUUAUAAAUGGUUUUACCCUCCCAAACAAAUUACUCUCCCUUGCUCCAGAGUUAAAGUUUUUAAAUGCAGUUUUAUACAGUUUAAGUGACAUACGCUGGUUCUUUUCGUCAAAGCUGUUCGCCACGGCUAAGCAUCCUUUUUGUUGAGUUCUCACUUUUUAAAGUGUCGUAUUCGUCUGAGCACAAUCGCAAGCUGUCUCGCUCUGCUGGCAAGUAUUAUAGACGCUAAGCCACCGAGCGUAAAUGUAUCUGUUUAUUUCGCAAAAGCUUCUGGUUUCGCGUAUUUUCUACUUUCAGUUCUAACUCUUAAAAUGGAUAUUUCCUAUUUUAAACAAAACUUAACCAUUAAGUUUCGGGCUUUCCUUUCUUUCAGCUUUGUUUUAAUGACAUUAAAAACAACCCUUACUGUGUUUAUUCUUUAGAAACGAGUUCAACCAUGUUUUCAAAGAUCAUCACCGUUUUGUUUGCUGCUAAUGUUAUCUCUGCUACGAACGGAUUCAUUGAUUCCAAGUUACGGGUGCUCGAACCAAUCUUAAAGUGUUAUGAGGGAAACGCCCCUGAAUUUGCCGGCGAGAAGGCAAUGGCAGCACGCCUCAAUCUCGAUUCAGACGCCGACGACCUUGAAUUGUCGUGCCGAGUAAUUGGGGUAAGUUCACAAGGGAAAUUGAUGCUAGGCAAACUAAACCAAGAUAUAUUUAAACGAGACUAAAAUUAACUCAUUCAUCCAUCCAUCCAUAUGAAAUACCAAAAAUCCAUGGGAGCUUUUAAACACAAAUUAGAAUCUCUCAAUCUUUCUUUCAUAACACUUAACUUGUAAUAUUCCUUUAUACAUACUACAUUUUCAUAUCUAAUAUAUUGAUGUAAACUUGUACAUAAAAUUUUAAAAAACUUAAUUGUAAUUAUUAUAGUUCACGGCUUUUGGGAAGAACAAAAGAGCAAUGUAUUGUAAUUUUUUAUCAAAGUUGCCGUGGUUAAAUAAAGUUUUCUAUCUAUCUAUCUGUCUGUCUGUCUGUCUGUCUAUCUAUCUAUCUAUCUAUCUAUCUAUCUGUCUAUCUAUCUAUCUGUCUGUCUGUCUGUCUGUCUGUCUAUCUAUCUAUCUAUCUAUCUAUCUAUCUAUCUAUCUAUCUAUCUAUCUAUCUAUCUACCUGUCUACCUAUCGAUCUGUCUGGCAUUUAUUCACCCACACUGCUCACUCACAUAUACAUAUUUAAUGUUCUAGAAGAGGAAAGAGAUCCUAAAAUCAAAAUGCAAUUGACGAAUUUUUCUUUUAGUUUGCUUUCAUACCUAUCAUCUUAGAAGUUAUUGUGCGAUCUUUUAGUUAAUUAGUUAUUCUAGUAGACAUCAUAAUCUUUAUUGUAAUCAGAUCAAUACCUCCCUUUCGGGAGUAAGGCGCAAUAAAGAUUUUCUGUUACUGUUACUCACUCACUCACUCACUUACUCACUCACUCAACCGAUCACCCACUCACUCACUCACCCACCCACCCACCCACCCACUCACCCACUCACCCACUCACCCACCACUCACUCACUCACUCACUCACUCACUCACUCACUCACUCACUCACUCACUCACUCACUCACUCACCACUCACUCACUCACCCACCCACCCACCCACCCACUCACUCACUCACUCACUCAUGCAUUCAUUGAUUCCCUCACCCACCCACUCAUUCACUCACUAACCCACCCAACCACCCAGCCAACUACGUACUCAUUAACCCACUCACUCGCUCACUUACCAGGAGCCUAAUGACCUACUCAUUUAUAUAUUUAGUUAUUUAUUUAUUUAAUGACGUAAAGUUCUUAGUUCCUUUUCUUUGCUUCAUUUUAUCAGGAUUAUGAUACAUGCUUGGCAGACGUUCUCGAGAAAACUCCAUCUCCAGUCCCAAAAGUUUUUCUGUUCUAUGGUGCUGAGGCUUAUCAGACCUCUUAUCUUCUCAAGAAAGCAAAUCUUUGUCCAGGGAUAAAGUACGAUAACCUCAAGAGAAUUGUGUUGAACUCAGGUAAGUAUGGUUUUUUUUAAAUACAAAAAUAGGAUGAAUGAAUUUUUCAGUAGAUUUCAUUCGAAUGGUUGCGUCACCUUGCACUGAUUAAUAAACAGCAACGCAGGAAAGUACUGCUCUAAAGCUUUCAUUUGAAUAGUCACACAUAAAGAUUUCUUCCACAGAUUCAAAAGUUAACCCUCGGACGUACAAGCUAACUGAAAGCCCCACCGCGGUUAUUCAGGCAGAGCGAAAUAAAUUUACACUGAUUAGAUACCCCUGAGCUUGCUCUACAAGAUGAUAUCACUUUUCUUGGCAAUGACGUCAUUUGACUCGUCAUCUUGGAUUUCACAAUCUUUUGGAAAAAGUUAACAUUUGGGGAAUUAACACAAAAUCAAGCUAGAAUGCUUGUGAAAUGUACAAAUUCACGAAUUUCUGUUAUUUGAUGAAGAAACGUGGAAAAAAAACUUAGGAAGUUUCUCAAAAAAGCUGAUUUUGGUCAGAUCUGCGUGGAAUUUGAUGGUUGCCAUGACAACGUCAAAAGUGAUGGACAUAAUUGACAUAUCAAAAUUUCUGCAUAGAAUGAAGGAACAGCUACUGAAACUUUCAGCUCCUUAGAGUAAAUCGUCUUUUCAAAACUUUUAAGAUUUCUUGUAGUUGGACAUGAGCUUUGUAGUGUUUUUGUAACUGGAUGUGACCACAUGGUUUUUGGAAAAAAUGUAACUAAGUAUAGAGUUGUUGGUGGACAACUAGACGAUUUUAUUUUGUCUAACGUCAGACGAUUUUACUCUGUCUAACGCCAGACGAUUUUUCUCGUCAAAGGGAGGCCCUAAAAGGGUUAAAGGCUUAAGUAAGUGCCUUCAGAAGUUUUAUUUAUCCGUAAGAAAGCGAGACGGAAACUUUUACAAUAAGAAAUCGCUUACUGCGAAGGAGCAUCGCGUGCUGCGAUUUUCAUGAUUUUCUGAUGUGCACUUGUCGCUCGUUUUGAAAAAAAAAAAAAGCAAAUUUUCAAUCGGCUGAUCAUUCAACUUGUGUAGCAUAUACUACAACAAUUAUUUACCUGAGUGUCAGUAAAAAUGGUGGAUAUUUACUUCACCGCUUCACGGCUCGGUAAAUAUCCACUACUAAUCACCCACAUUGAGGUGAAUAAUUGUUAAAUAAAACUGGGUUAAAAUCAGUUGUUUCUGUUCGAUAUACCGCUGUUUCCGUCCUUUUCCCACGAAGUUGGGUUCACGUUUACUUUAUUUCGUAGGUAUAAUGAAGAAAGAAGGGCUCUCAAACAUUGGUGAGUAAUAACGUAAAUUUUUCCUUAAAAAUAUGUUUAUCUGGACAAAAAUGCAAAUUUUGAGAAUAAAGGAAGUGAUUGAAAAAUAUCGCGAAAUAUCUGAGAAUAGUUAGAUUUUUUCCAUGAAAAAGUGACGCGAUAUCCUUAUUCAAACGCCAGUUUUUAAGCAUCAAGAUGAGUGUGUCAAACAAGGUUCUAAAUAGGGAUGCUCGGAACAGUAUUUUUGGCCAUGAUUGGAGGGUACCUUUUGAAAUAAAAAGUUCCAAUAGAAGACACGCGUGGAUUUAUUUUGACAAAAUACUGUAAAUCCUCUAAUUUUCCCUUCCGGGACUUAAUUAUUUUAAGCACGUUUAAGGGGGGAAUUCAUAGAGAGAGGGUGGCUUAUUUGAAAGGGGGCCUUAUUUGAUUUAGCGAAACGCAUUACCGGUAGCAAAUCAAAGUGCUCUGUGAGCAAACUCGUGAAUUGACAGAUGACUUACAUGAUUUUUUGGAUUAUGUUUAAUGUUAUCUGGUUUAGGGAUUUUUGUGGUUGAUUGUCAUAUUUAGAGUACGAAGCAGUACUUCAGUGUUCGCUAAUGUAGCAAAGAAACAAAGUAACGUUGGGACAAGAAGGCAUUACAAUUAAAAUGAUCAUGCUAUUACAUUUGACAAGGGUGAAUGAUGUAAUGUGUUUUAAACAUAUAUCAUUUUUGUUUCUGGUUCAAAAGAAAAGGUUGGAAGUAAAUGUGGGUGAAAAGUGAAAUUUACUGUCUAUCAUUUGACAAUAAAAAUCUGCGAUAAAAUAUUAUAAAACAUAACACGACGUUUCGACGUUUCCAGAACGUCAUUAUCAAGUGAACUAGAAUAAUAAAAUCGAGUAUAUAUAUAAUGAAGCGGUGAAUAAAUUGCAAAGCGUUAAAAGUUAAACAAAGAGUUUGGCCCUAAUAGAAUCGCUCUGGGUGUUUAAAUUGGGCCUUAUUGUUCUUAUGUACAACAUUUCAUAAACAAGACAAUCCCAUUUCGUGCCACAUUUUUUAAGCAUUCUAAACUGGCUCUCAUUGAGUAAGUCAAUGUUCCCAUGGGCAUCUCUCAGGUGGCGACCAAUGGCAGAGUAUCGAUGAUCAGCAAUGCGUUGAAACAAAUGGCGCGUCGUAUAUCCGACGUAAUUUGAAUCACACAAAUCACAUUCAAAACAGUAAACAACGCUAUGCUGACUUACGAUGCAUGGCUUGAUUUCUUUAAGCUUUAGGUCCUGCUCAAGUUUCUUACUGGUGUAGACUGGUUGUACAUCAAUGCCGAUUUUUGAACUGAGAUCGCGCAUUUGUCUUUUGGCAAUGUUCGCUGAGACUUGAUCUUUGAAAGGAAUACUGACUCUUAAAGUUUCAUCAGAUUUUGUCUUAGUAUCUGGUGUAGAGGAAUAAUCACAUUUGUCGAUAAUACAGUUCACCAAAGAACUAGGGUAACCAAGGCGAUGAAACAUAGAUUUUAGAUGCCUACACUCAUCGACGAAUGCUUGAUGCGUAGAGGACAAUUCCUUGAACUUUCGCAUUUUAGUACGUAAUAUUUAUUUGAAUCUUCAAAUCGUCUUGAAACUCAAAAGAAAAUUGUUCUUUAAAAAUUUACUGAAAAUCGAUACGAAAUGUAAUGAUCAAUUUUGUCCCCAAUCUCACGCCAUAACUGAAAAAGCUUUGAACACCAGUAAACUCCGAGCGCUUCGGAGUAAGUGAUAUUUUUUAUGUAUCUUCGGAUUGUUUUCACGUUCAAGGAUUGUAAAUUACAAUUUUAUGAAAAACGAAGGUUGUCCUUUUAUUUCAGUGUGAAUCCUCGCAUGCUUGCCAGUCGCUGGCGCUGCUUGUUGAAACUAAAACGCAAAAAAUAAUCUUUUAAGAUUAUCAUUGGCUUCUUUUUCACCCCACCACUAUUCUUAGCAACAAAGGUCGCCAUUUCGUUUAUUUACUACUCGCCAAAAACUAUCAAAUGCACUCAAAAGCCUAAAAUGGAAAAAAAGUUUACAGGAAUCGACCGAGCGAGCGAACGAGCGAGUGCCGUUCUCCACAUCGUAUCUACAAAUCGCUCUUGCGCAUGCGCGCAAUUCACGAGUUAAAAAAGGAGGAAGAAACAGACUUGAGUUACGCUUCCCGACUUCCUGUUUUGGACUAGGACAAUGACUAUCUCAUAUGGAGAACUGAGUAAUAUUAUGCGAGUUGUGCAAGUUAUUUUUAACAAAAUCCGUGAAUAAACCAUACCGGAUCAGUCCACAUGAAGUGGUUAAUAACUUUCUUCCUCUGAAAAAGGGGCUCAUUUGAGAGGGGGCUUAUUUGAGAGAGGGGAGCUGAAGGACAGUGCCUCCUAUUGUUAGUGCACCACACAACCAUACUGCCUCGCGUGCUUACUAGCUUUGAUGAUUAGUCACCGUAUUUUUUGUGAGCUCUUGAUUUAGCGAAUAGCUUUACAAGAUUGACAACAGGCUGUCUACACCAAAAAACCGUCAAAAAAAGCGUAAUUGUGGUGUGUUUUAUGAAAUCAUGCUGAACCAAGGAAAAGCAAGUGAAGUGAAGUGGCAAAUACUAUAGGCUUCAAAUUCAAAGGAAUCGCUUAAAACAAGUUAUAUUUUGUACCGAACGAUGUAAUACACAAAAAUCCGUUUCGGUUUUAUUCUUUUAUUUUAUUGCUGUCGAUAAUAAUAAAAGGAAAGAUGUUUUCGUCGAACGUAAGAUAACUUACCAGAUACCCCAGCAUACUCAAAGAAAACAUGCAAACAUUUAACUUACUAGAGAAGGGGUAGUGCAAAAAUUUUCUGGAGCACCAAAAACUUGCCUUAAAAUUAGAAAAUAACCAAUAUAGCUUUAAAAAACGCGUGGUUACCCCCACGUCUUACUUUAUAAAACGGAAGUAAUAAGCCUACUCAACAAAUAGUGAUUUUGUCGUACUUCGAAAAAUAUAUUUAGACUGUUUUUUGCUUACCUAGAAGAGAGCAGCCAGGGCCAAAAACGGCUCCAUUGCAAUGAUUUUGUAAUAAAUACCACAUAAAAAUUAGUUUUUAUAUCACCAAUUGUUAUGUAUUUCAAAGCUUGUGGUUUGUUGUUCCCUUGGUGAAUUUAAACGGAAAUUCUAAGGAAAUGCUCAAAGAAAUAUUUCUUUUCUUUUUUUCGAAAAUUUUCCAAUUUUCUUUUAAAUUUUCAAUAGCCCUUACCAAGAUCCACCUUUUUGCAUAGUGAUAAACCGCGACAAUAUAUCUUCGUAUUAGGAGGCACCGUCCCUAAGAGAGGACUUAAGGUAACAACUUUUCGACGCAUGACUGAAGUUUAGUUUUUUAUUGAUUUCCAAGUAACAGCUUUUAGCAUAGCAACGUUGGCGCAUUAAAACAAGUUGAUUGUCUUGAAAUCCAGUCUGAAUCUAGGGACGGUAUUCUUGUUGCAGGGUCUGAGAGUACGCCGGAGAAUACGCCAUAAAGAAUCUUGAAAAUAAAAAGUAGUAACAUACUUAUCCACUUUGCAGAGAAUGAUCGCUAUCACAAAUGCGCUGGAGAUGCCAUGAAGAAGUGCUUGUUUGAAAGCAUGCAAGUGUCCGAGCAUGAGCAGGGAGACCCUGACGCAGGCGAUGACGCAGAUGAUGCGUAUAUUCGUUGCAUAGAAGAACAGACAAAGACCUGCAAUCACCCCAUCAUGCGCCACUUAUUUGAAGAGAUAAAAGCGUACAAGAAACAUGUCAAGCAGUUGGAAAUGCUUGAAUCAGAAGAGCAACAGGGGUAGAAAUUUCGAGCCUUUGAAUUGCCACUUUCGUGAUCAUGUAACUGCAAUCACCGUAGAAGAAAAUAGAACAAGUUUACAACACGUUCGAUUUUUGUCGCAUUGAUAAUUAACAAGACUUAGAAAUAACUGAAUUUAUGCACUCUUAAGACAAAUCUUGAACAUCCUUGCGAUAACAACACCCUGCGAAUCAAUCUUUGAAGACGGCGUGCUCGAACUCCAACUCCUCCUCUGGGGGUCGAGUGGGGGUAAAAUGUUCAUUAAAUACCCUCCUCCUGAGACAACGUUUAGCUUCAUUCCGUAGCCAUUCAUGCUUUUCGGUGAGCGAUGCUAGUUAAUUAUACCUUUCAAAC